UGACAAUUGUUUAUCUUUGAUUUAAAUACUACGGAAGAAUUAUUAUUCUGGGAAGUAAUAUUAUUAUAUACAUUUGACAAUAGAAAAGAAUCACUUGAAUCAUAUCAGUUUCAGAUCUGUCCUGUUAGAGAAAAUUUUCUAAUCUUCGAAUUAAUCGUACAUACUUUAUAAUCAUCAGCGUUAAUUAACAAAUGGAAUGUAUAUAAGAUAAAAUAAAAACACUUAGUUAGGAUUAAUACGUGAAUUAAUCAUAUGUUUCACAUCACUCUCUACUUUCUUCAACAAUUUCUAUUAUCGGUCUAUUUGAUAUUAAAUAAAUUAUCUUUCUCGCAAAUUGCGGCCCUGUAACAUUAUAUGUACUUCAAAAAAUACGAAUAACAACUUGCGUAAAAAUGGUUACUUUGGCCAACAUAUUCGUUGAUGCUUGAUCUUCGAUUUCGAAUUAAAUUUAAAAUUUCAUCAUCCAUAUUACUGCUUUUCCUACCAGCCUAUCUCUCUCGUGUUGUAUUUAUCUAUCUCAUCGAAUCUAAAUUCGAAAUCCGAAUAAUAAUAAAUAUUGAUAUAAACUCGCAUCUGUAACCGCAUCGCUAUACUAAUGUAACCAUUAUCUAUGUAACCACUACAUUAUCCCGUAUUUCGAAUAUCUCGAAAAGAAUGAUACGCACCGUUGAGAUUUAUCUUUUCACUGCACUUCAUGCAUUCCAUUUAACAUUGUGGCAAGAACGGUUCUAUGUAUAUAUAUAUAUAUAUAUUGGCCAUGUAUGCGCCAUCAUGUGCGUGCAGAAACGGUUCUGUAGCGGCGGUCGGAAUAAUUUUAUGCGCAUGAUGCAUUUUACCAUAGAUGCAUUCACGCUCUGUAUGUCGUAACACCGCUUUACUCCACCAUUACUACUAAUUGAUAGAACCUAUAAAUAUGACGUUCUCCACAAAGCGUCAGUUCUUAUCGAACAUGCUUUGGCGGCUCUUCGCGCUUCUGACAUUGGGCGAUUUCAUCGCCAUUUGUUCUUGCGAACCCGUAAAUAGAAAUCCGCAGACCCGUCUGCUGAAAGCUUUGAGGACAGUCGAGUGUACUAACAAUGAGCGUGACAUCCCCACGUGCAAAACCAACAAGUUGGUCGAUACUUUUCCGCCAAAGAGCGAAAAUCAAACGCAAGCCAGCAGGAAAUUUCAACAAGAUCACUUAGAUAUCAAUGUAUCGAGUGAAGUUUCUGCUCGAAAGAAAGACAAAGAUAAAAAAGGAUCCGGAAAAAUAGUUGUCUAUAUGUUAGCUGCUUUGAAAGCAGCAAUGAUUUAUGGACUAUUACAUGGUGUUGCAGCUCUUGCAGGAAAGGCGAUAUUACUUGCCAAAAUAGCUUUAGUAAUCGCUAUUGCUUCACUUGUAAAAAAGAAUGAUUCUGAAAAAGUUUCUUAUGAAAUAGUGAAACAUCCACAUACCAGUUACAUACACACCCAUAGCUCAAGCGUCGACUACGAUCAUCGCAGUGAUUAUAAUGAUGAUCGUAAUGAUUAUCGAAAUGAUUAUCGUAAUGAUUAUGUUUACGAACAUCGAAAGCGAAGACAGCUUAGAUUUUAAUAAACAAUAGAUUUUAAAUAUUUUAAAAUUGAAAAUCUGCACAUAAAAUAAA